AUGUUUACAUCAAUUAUUUACAUUAAAAAAAAUUGUUCUCGUCUAGUCUAUUUAAUUUUUUUAUUACAACAAAUUCAAUGUAUAAACUCUCUCCAUCUUGUUGGAAAAUUCGAUACUCAUUCAUUUUUUCGUUUAUUGACGAAAUUUGGUGUACAAAAAACGGAUCAGCAUAAUUCCGUACAAACAUACGGUUAUAUCUAUGGAAAUAUAUCAGCAACAAAUCAACCACUAUGUUUAAAAUCAUCUGAAACACCACUCUCUAAAUUAUUCGCCAAUCAAAAUUUAUCCACAUGUAUUAGUAAAGACAUCUAUUUCACUAUAUUAGAUUAUGAUUAUUUUUCAUAUUUUUACAAAUAUCAUCAUCCACACUUAAAACCGACGAGUGAAACAUGCCAACAAAUGAUGAAAAAUAUAGAAAAAAUUGCUUACGAUAGACAAUGUUUUAAUACAGGCAAAGAAGAUUUCUUAAGACGGAUACCAUGUGAAAAAGGUCAAUUGUGUCCUGAUGAAGAUAAACCACAAAAUGUUAUCAGUAAACAACAAUUCACAUUCAAAAUACAAGAUAUCAAUCAACCAAGAUUUUGGUAUUUGAGUUUAAUUGCUUGUCAUUGGAAUGAUAAAUGCCAGUGGGAAGUAGUGAAUGAUUCUUAUGAAAUCGAUUAUGAUAUUUGGAUAGUAAAUGGAAAUCCAGAAGCAAAAAUUGAAAAUCGUUUUGAAUAUCAUUUUUCAUAUGAUUUACAUGAUAUAAUUGAAAUCUAUUUAAUUUGUGUUCUGUUAUACAUUCUGAUUCCAUUACCAUUUGUUCUCUACAAUAUUCAUUCAUAUCAGUAUAAACAUCCAAUUAUUAUUGCUUAUUUACUAUUUCAAUUUUUAUUUUUUAUUGGAAAUUUAUUUUGUUUACUACACUAUCUGUUAUACGCUUACAAUGGAAUUGGACUUUAUGUAUUUGUACAAAUUGGAAACUUGACGACCAUUAUUGGAGAAUCUGUUUUAAUUUUAUUACUGUUGUUUAUAGCAAAAGUUAUCGACAGUAAUCAUUAUCAAACAUUUUCCAAUUAUUUAUCGUUGUUAUUAAGAUGUUUUGUUAUGUUAUUAUUUGUCUAUGAACUAAAAGAGACAACACGCGAGGAAAAAAAUACUGAGAAACUACAGUUUUUUCAUCAUUAUGGAGCAUGUUGCAUGGUAUGGUUUAUCUAUCCUACAGCGCUAAUCUUCAUUAUGUCAUUUGUUACCGAACUGUACCGUCUAAAAUUGAUCAUCAGUGUUGUCACAUUGGUGAAUUUUUUAAGUGUUCUUAUUGUAUCUUAUAUUUUGUUUUCCCCGAAAAGUUUUCUAUCUAUACCAAAAAUAUCUAAGCAACGUGUUGAUCACGAUUGUAGUUCAACAAAUUAUAAUAACAAUGGUUUUGUUAAAAAUACACCAUAUGUACACGCCAAAUCCGAACUGACGAUUGGAAAUAGUACUUUUCAUGCACAUUCGGAUGAUGACGAUGAAGAAGAAGUCGAAGUUUAUGGUCCAACUCAUGCAUUAUUGAAUAAUCAAAAUGAAAAAGCUUAA